AUGCUCAACAGCACAAAACCACAGCAGAUCCUUGGGCUGUCGCCGAUGCCAGCACAAGCGUCCGUCCCAGCUUCCUAUUUAACGUAUUCUCCUUCAUAUGCCUCACUUCCAAAGCGCUCGAACAACACCACGCCUAAAAGGAAGGAACAUGUCCCCGAUGCAUGGGACGAUGAUGAGGACGAAGCAGGUGAUGAUGAAGACAAGUUAGAAAGAGAGGUAGAUAACGCCACUCUCUGGCGGGAUGCCGAUGCAAGACAACCCAUGCCUGAGGUCAUCCUCACUGCCUCCUCUGGAAGCAGCGCCGCCGCCUUUCCACCAGCUGCAGCGCUUCAGCAGCCCAUACGUAUCCUCAAACGACCUUCCGCUCCUUCAUCAACGUCUGGGACUCCGUCGCUUGCGGAUGUGGGACCGGGUUCGGCGACUCUGAAGGGUAGACAGGCUGAAUAUCAAGCUGCGCGUGCGCGUAUCUUCGGUCUUGAUUCGACUGUGAGCGGGGCGGUCAAUAGCGGCUCUGCGAACAACGGUCCAUCAGCAGGAAUCGAAGGCGUUAACAGACUCUCCGAUCUGCCGGCAACCCAAACCCGAAUUAAAUCAACUGCUUCAACUCCAGGUUCGAACACAAGUUCUACAUCGAAACCUAUCAUUCUACCAUCGGCCACCUCAACUGCAAUACUUCGUAACCCGCGUGGACCUCCUACCUCUUCGUCAGAGACUUCUGCUUCGACAAAUCCCGCUCAAAAAGGCUUCAAUAGACGACGCAAUGGGGGCGCAAACGGUGGGCGCAGGUCUCAUAACAACUCUGGUUCUCAAUCGACUACGACGUCCUGA